AUGGGUAAAAUAAAGUCAACAAAAAAAGACGCAGAAGCACCAUCAAAUCCAACGUCAUCUCAAAUAGAGACAAAGACCUCAAGAAAUAAAUAUACGGAAAAAGAGAUAAUGAACGUCUUACAAUAUAUACUUGAUCAUUAUGAAGAUUGGAUUAAUAAAAAAAGAAAUCAAAGGAAAAUCAUCAUUAAAGCCUUGGAUCAUUAUGAUAUGAAGGAUCGUACUCCAUAUGCUGUACAUUUUAAAGUCUGUAGAUUGAAAUUCGAGUACAAGAAAUAUGGAAAAAUUAAUGGGUUCUCGAGCAUUAUUAAUGAAAUGGUAGCAAGGAUACUCAAUGGAGUAACGGAUGAUCAACAAGAAAAUAGAGGUGUCGAUAUAGUUAAAAUUAAUCAAGAUGAUAAACAAUCUCUUGAUGACAGAAAUGAUAUUAGAGAAGCGAUUUCUAAAAAAACGUUUAUAGAUAAUAUGAAUGCAAUAAAUGAACCUAAAGAAACUACUUUUUUGCCAGUACAAGAAAAGAAAUCAAAUUCGGCUUUCAUUCUCAAUGAUUAUGGUCUGAAUAAAGGGUCAUUAUUAGUAAAUUCGAGCGGUAUUACCAGCAAUGAACAACACAAACCUCAAAUGUCCAAUAAAUUUAAGUUGAUCCAACCUAAAAGCGACAAUAAUCAUCCCUAUCUCAUCUUACCUGCUACGUAUACUUUCAUGGAGAAAGCAAUAGUGGACGAGUUAUACAAACGAAAAUUAUGUGAAAUUCGAGAAAGAUGCCAAGGGAUCAGAAACGAAAACAACAGAAAUGAAUUGGUACAAAUUGGUAAGCUUGAUCAAUCAUAUAAUGAAAUUAUAUAUUUGUUAGGACGAAUAGAAGCUAGAAUGGUGGAAAUGCAAACCGGCCAUUCACGAAUAUAUGUUAUUGUAUAUUUUAUAAAAAAGUUAGGAUAUUGUCAUAAGGAUUUUCAUAGUGGAAAUAUCUUACAAGAUAAACAACAUUCUUAUAUUUCAGAUUUUGGAUUAACAGGACCAGCAGAUAAGCAAUCGAAUGAUAAAAUAUAUGGAGUAUUACCAUAUAUUGCUCCAGAAGUCUUGAAUGGAGAAUCAUAUACCUUAACUUCUGACAUCUACAGUUUUGGUGUAAUUAUGACUGAAUUAUCAACUGGAAAUCCUCCCUUUUAUGAUAGAAAACAUGAUGUGUCUUUAGCCUUAGAUAUUU